GAUUCACUAUCGAUCAUUGGGGAAAGACGGGGCUAGAUUUCCUUGUGGCGGAGAAAUCUGAUGUGUAGGGAACAUGAAUUGGGCGAUUGCGGGGCGCAGAUUAAUUUUAGCUCGUUAACAGAUUUUUUUCGGACUGAUUGUAUUCACCGAAUACAAAUGAAAUAGCACUUUUCUCCCGUGCUCCAAGAAGAAGUGUUUUGGAUCGGACUUGCCAAAAUCACUACUUUGUUUAUCUUACGGACGGUUUGUGUUACCUAAAAGUAGUCGCGUCUUAAGAGAGGUACGCGUCCCGACGGUACGUGAAGUUCGGAGCAGCGAGGCCUGAUCUCUUGAUCCGUGGAGUACUCUCGAGUCCCUCUGGAUGGAUGGAUGGGUAUGGGGAGAGCAGGACCUUACUACCCCGGGGCUGAGCGCCUCAUCUCUCCGCUACUGCAUCUGCUAGUGCUGUGCACCCUCUCCUCUCUCACUCACAUAGGUGAGAGCCAGGCCCAGACCCCGCAGUGCCGUAUCCAGAAGUGCACCACUGACUUUGUCUCUCUCACUUCUCAUCUUAACCCUUCACUGGAUGGCUUUGAUAUUGAGUUCUGCAAGGCGCUGCGAGCCUAUUCCGCCUGCACCCAGCGCACAUCCAAGAGCUGCAGGGGUAACCUGGUCUUCCACUCUGCCAUGCUGGGCAUCAGUGACCUCAUGAGCCAGAGGAACUGCUCCAAAGACGGCCCCACGUCGUCUACCCAUCCCGUCAUCCCUAUUGAGCCAUGCAACUAUCACAGCCGUCAUCACCAAGCAUCACGGCCCGGAACAGGGACUGGGGCUCCAGAGCACCCACGACCAACCUACCUGUUCUGUGGCCUGUUUGGGGACCCUCAUCUUAGAACUUUCAAAGACCAUUUUCAGACCUGUAAGGUUGAAGGGGCAUGGCCCCUCAUUGAUAACAAUUACCUGUCAGUGCAGGUCACAAAUGUUCCAGUGGUAUACGGAUCCAGUGCCACAGCAACCAAUAAGAUCACAAUAAUCUUCAAACCAUACCAAGAAUGCACGGACCAGAAGGUCUACCAGGCCGUAACAGACGACCUUCCAGCCGCUUUUGUGGACGGCACCAUCAGCGGGGGCGAUAGUGAGACCCGCAGCAUCUGGAUCCUGGAGAAGUCACCGGGUCAGCACGUAGAGAUCCACGCCGCGUACAUCGGUGUCACCAUCAUCAUACGCCAGCAGGGCCGUUACCUGACGCUAGCCGUGCGAAUGCCGGAAGAGUUUGCCAUGUCCUUCGACGAAACGCAGGACCUGCAGCUCUGCAUGAACGGUUGUCCCACUUCAGAACGCAUCGACCAAGAGGGACAUCUUCAGCUGCCCAUGCUGGGCCUCCAGCAAGCAAGCUUUCAGCAGCAGGCGAGGGUCGAAGCCCAGAGAGGGCUCUUCACCCUCGAAAGCGCCUCCAGGAAGUGCAGGGAGCAACUGGAGGUUAAGGACAUCUAUUUCCACUCCUGCGUGUUUGACCUGCUCACCACAGGAGAUGCGAACUUCACCACUGCUGCCUACUAUGCCCUGAAGGACAUGGAGACUCUGCACCCCAAGAGGGAGCACUGGCAUAUUUUCCCUAACUCAGCCACUGGGCUGAGGCCGUUUUCAAUGCUCAUCAAUGCACUGCUAACCAGCUUCCUCAUCACUGUGCUUUUAUAAUGUGUACAGUGUUUUGAUAACUGUUUCGAAGAAGAAAACCAGACUGUAAAAAGUCAGUACUCUGAGGUACUUUGUAUAUACUGCCUGUGUGGAGAAUGAAUGUUAGAAUACGAACCUUCAUUAGACUGUACAUUUUGUGUAAGUCAUGUUUUCAAGAGAGCUGAAUAUUGUAGAUUUUUGUGAGUAACUUUUUUGAGAUUUCAUGUUUUUUGUCCUCAGGAGGGGAAAUCUUAAUGGAAGCACUUUAUUUUUCUUUUCUUUUUUUUUUGGUUUUUGCAACUAGAAAACAGUGUUCCACGGAACCAGUGCUCAAUAAUUGAAAACUCUCUGUGCUUUUUCUUUGAUACAUUUCUGUAGGCCUCUAUACAGAUCUUGCUCUGUAGAACCGUGUUAAACAGAUUUCACAAUGUGGCUGGCGUAGUUAUUGUGUGCUAGAGGUUUAAAGAAGGAUCAUGUUGACUAGACUUUCACUUUAUCUGUGUUUUUAGUUCUGGUACUCAGCUGUGGAGUCACGCUGAUCAGCAAAAACAAAGUGAAGAAUUCAGGCAAAUGCAGCAAACGUAGGUUGAAGUGCACUUAAGUCAGAAAUUAAAAUUGAAGUGUUUCUGUUGUUGAACAUGGGCAUUUUUGGGUAUUGGAAUUUCAGCCCAUUUUAUAAAUGACAAUCAGAAUUUUAGUUUGGUACAAAGUCUACCUAAUGUACGACACAAAACAUCAAUCCUGAAGAGUGCGUUUUAGAGACACCAAAAUAUUUAUGCUAAAAGUUUCAUCUAAUUUUCAUAGUCAGUGAGCAAACAGUGCUAAAGUGGGCCAUGUAUCAUUUCUAGUCUGAGUUGUAGCAUCUUCUGGAAUGCCUUCUUGCAAGAUUACAUUUAUUAGCUUUCUCACUUUGCCAAACAAAUAUUUACUAUCUGUUCAAAGUGUUAAGUUCCCUCAAAUCCUUGUUUUAUCCUAGACCAAAUAUAUGACGCAGAAGCAACACACAUAUCUGAUAUUUUUGCCAGACGUACUGUCAGCUUCCCUAUACGUUUUAUUUAGCCAAAAAUGAUGGUGUUGUAUUGUGAUGUUCCGCAAGCCAGUGCCAUAAAUCAACUCAAGUCAGAAAUAUGUUCAAUGGAAUUGUUUUUUUGACCCAGCAAGCAUUUUAACAGUUAUUUCGUCAGUCAGAAGUGCAACUUGAGCCGUGGUUCUUUUGCUGUCUGCACAUCAGCAGUGAUUUCAUUCAGAGAGCUUUCAAAGCAAAUGAAGGAUAUUCAGAAACACUUAUGUCUCUAUUUACUUUGAGUGUGGCAUUUGGCCUGGUGGACACACAAUUCAUUUGAUGAAAUCGAAUUGUAUACCUUCUGGACCUUACUGUCCAACUGCUACGGAAGCCAUGCCGACACUCCUGAUACAGGCGUUUCAAUACCAAGACUUGCUACUGUAGAGACGUCAUUGUUUAACUACUGCCAGUGCUGAAGAGCUGCUACAAUACUGUGACAAGUGUAAUCGAUUGUAUUUGGAACACUGGGAGUUUCGCAGGCAGUGAAUUGGCCGAAUCCGAAACAGGAUCAUCUGAUUGGCCAACUGACCUUAAUCAGUGUACAGUGGGGGUUUUUUUUCUUUUCUUUUUUUUUUUUCUUAAAUACUAGAACAAGGCGUCAGUGCAAUUAAUUAGCUGCAAUGGAAAGCCUUCAUCCUGUGUUUUUGCAUUUCGCAUUUGAUCUUGUGAUCUCUUACCUUUGUUGUGAACAUUGUUUUUGUAAAGAGUGACUGCUCAAUGUUUAUACUUAAAUUAUUUAUGAAAUAUAGUGUCUUGUUAGAGAAGUUAAGCUCAUACUCUUGCUGUUGAAAAAAGUUUGAGAUGUGAUUGUACUGCCACCUAGUGGGUCACCAUUGUUACAUCAGUGUUUUAGUAUUGUACGGAUGCUGUUCAAAAAAAGAAAAGAAAAA